AUGAAACAGAGUUCAAUCCUGCUUUUGCAGCUCCUUCUGGGGACAUGCUCGGCUUAUACCUAUCAAAAUGUGGCCUUGCGUGGAAAAGCGACCCAGUCAAACCGUUUAGAGCACCCAUUUGGAUCUGCCUACAAUGCUAUUGAUGGAAACCGUGAAUCUAACUACCCAGCUGGAUCAUGCACCCACACAGUUGAACAGACCAACUCCUGGUGGAGAGUGGACCUGCUGGAGCCCUACAUUGUCACUUCUGUCAUUAUCACCAACAGAGGAGACUGCUGUCCUGAAAGGCUCAACGGGGCAGAGAUUCACAUCGGCAACUCUUUACAAGACAAUGGUGCUGUGAACCCAGUGGUUGGUGUAAUUUCCCAUAUUCCAGCAGGCAGAUCUUUAAAAAUGGCUUUCACCACAUUGGUGGAGGGACGUUAUGUGACUGUGAUUGUACCUGGUUCAGGAAAGUACCUUACACUCUGCGAAGUUGAAGUCUAUGGGUACCGUGCCCCAACCGGGGAGAAUCUGGCACUUCAAGGAAAAGCCACACAGUCGUCACUGCAUUCUACGGGCAUUCCAUAUAAUGCCAUAGAUGGCAACCGUGCCAGCAACUGGAAACAGGGCUCUUGUACUCACACAAGCAACAACUUGUACCCCUGGUGGCGUCUGGACCUGGGCAAAACCCAUAAAGUGUUUUCUGUUAACAUAACCAACUACAAAAAUUUUCCCUUACGACUUAAUGGAGCUGAGAUCCGAAUUGGAGAUUCUCUUGACAACGAUGGCAACAACAAUCCCAGGUGUGCUGUGAUCUCAAGCAUCACUGGAGGUUUCCCCGCAAACUUCCCAUGUAACGGAAUGGAUGGUCGCUUUGUUAAUAUAGUCAUUCCUGGAAGAGCUGAGUAUCUGAGCUUGUGUGAGGUGGAGGUGUAUGGCUCCAGACUGGAUUAG